AGCUGUCAUUAGGUCCAAGGUACAGGCAGCUUAUCUCCUGCGCUGUGCGCUCUGAGAGAGAGGAGAGCUCCGCUAAGAGGGAGGAGACCUGUUGUUGUGGAGUCCCAGCUCAGGCACCACUGAUGUACAAGUGAAAGAGGAAGACAAUCUAUGAUCCUAAGGAUCGGAGAGGGCGGCCAGUGACCGUGCUACGUACGGCGAGGUGGAGAGGAGGAGGAGGAGGAGAGGGGAGGAAGAAGAAGAAGGAGGAAGAGGGCAGGCGAGGUAUCCUCUCCACUACUCCCAGCACUAGGAUCCCCGCUGUCCUCAGAGCCCACAGCCAGGGCUUCCGCCGCCGCUUCUCCUGCCUGACAGUUCGCUGCUGUGCGGCCCCCGGUACUCCGACCCUGCACCACCCCAGGAGGAAACCCGGGGCAGGAGGAGGAGGAGGAGGCAUGGCUUCUACCACCUGCACCAGGUUCACCGACGAGUACCAGCUCUUUGAGGAGCUCGGCAAGGGUGCGUUCUCUGUAGUGAGAAGAUGUAUGAAGAUUACCACCGGACAAGAGUAUGCAGCCAAAAUUAUCAACACCAAAAAGCUGUCAGCAAGAGAUCACCAGAAAUUGGAGCGUGAAGCAAGAAUCUGUCGUCUCCUGAAGCAUCCUAAUAUUGUUCGACUCCAUGAGAGCAUAUCAGAAGAAGGGUUCCAUUACUUAGUCUUUGACUUAGUUACUGGUGGAGAAUUAUUUGAAGAUAUAGUAGCAAGAGAAUACUAUAGUGAAGCAGAUGCCAGUCAUUGCAUUCAGCAGAUCUUGGAAGCUGUGCUGCACUGUCAUCAGAUGGGCGUAGUCCAUCGAGAUUUAAAGCCUGAAAAUUUGCUCUUAGCUAGCAAAUCAAAAGGUGCAGCAGUAAAACUUGCAGACUUUGGUCUAGCUAUUGAAGUUCAAGGAGACCAGCAAGCAUGGUUUGGCUUUGCUGGAACUCCAGGUUACCUGUCUCCAGAAGUUUUACGAAAAGACCCAUAUGGGAAACCUGUGGAUAUGUGGGCAUGUGGUGUGAUCCUUUACAUUCUUCUGGUGGGUUAUCCUCCCUUCUGGGAUGAGGACCAACACAGACUGUACCAGCAGAUAAAGGCUGGUGCUUAUGAUUUUCCAUCACCAGAAUGGGACACGGUGACUCCUGAAGCCAAAGAUCUGAUUAAUAAAAUGCUUACCAUCAAUCCAGCCAAACGAAUCACUGCAACAGAAGCUCUGAAACAUCCAUGGAUCUGUCAACGUUCUACUGUUGCCUCCAUGAUGCACAGACAGGAAACUGUAGACUGUUUGAAGAAGUUUAAUGCUCGGAGGAAGCUGAAGGGUGCAAUACUGACCACCAUGCUGGCUACCAGAAACUUUUCAGCAGCACGAAGUUUACUGAAGAAACCUGAUGGAGUCAAGAUAAACAACAAAACCAACGUAAUAACAAGUCCUAAAGAUCCCAACCCACCUCUGGAGCCCCAAACUACCGUAAUCCACAAUCCUGCUGAUGGAAAUAAGGAGUCAACAGAGAGUUCAAAUACCACCAUUGAAGAUGAAGAUGUAAAAGCUCGCAAGCAGGAAAUCAUCAAGGUUACAGAACAACUAAUUGAAGCAAUUAAUAAUGGAGAUUUUGAGGCCUAUACGAAGAUUUGUGACCCUGGCCUUACUUCAUUUGAGCCAGAAGCUCUAGGAAACCUUGUAGAAGGAAUGGAUUUCCAUCGGUUUUACUUUGAAAACGCUUUAUCCAAGAGCAAUAAACCUAUCCAUACUAUAAUACUUAACCCUCAUGUCCAUUUGAUCGGGGAAGAUGCUGCUUGUAUAGCCUAUAUCCGUCUGACACAGUACAUGGAUUCCACAGGAUUGCCAAAGACUAUGCAGUCUGAAGAGACCAGAGUGUGGCAUCGCCGUGAUGGAAAGUGGCAGAAUGUACAUUUUCACCGUUCUGGAUCACCUACAAUACCCAAAAACUUGAUUUGAAUUGCCUAUCCUGUAUAGCUGUGGUGCAGAGCUAACGAUAAGCCUUGCAAGCCUUUAACUGUAAACACUCAAGACAACUGGAUGGUAUCUCUUAGACAAGCUGCAUCCUUCCUUUGUGUCCCAAUCACAAGUGUUUAUUUGAGCACAGAAUGUCUCUAUGUGUAAUGCUUUUGUGUGGUAUAUAUUUCAUACUUUCAUCUCAGCCACACCUGAAGAUCUAUUAAAAGACAAUUUCACUUACACAGAAGACAAUAUGACAUUUCCUUUCUAAUUUUACUGUUUGAUAUGUCUAAAUUUGCCAAGCUAUAUUAAUUCAAAUGUAAACUUUUAUAUUUUUUAUGUUUUACUAGUUCGGUAUAUUAUUGGUGGUAGACAACCCAGACAAAAAUGAUUUCUUUAAUAAUUUAGUCCUGGUUUAUUUAGAUUAGUUUCAAAGUUAUUUUAGAGUUUUUAGCUUAGGGCCAUUUAAAUUUGAAUAAUACUUUAUCUAAAAUGCAGUUAUCCCUUAAUUACUAUCACUUCAGUAUGCUGUUUGCUGACUGGGGAUAGUAACUUGGAACUACUGUAUUAAGUUAGAAACAGUUGUGCAAAUUUGUAGUAUUCAGUAGUUGUUAGGUAUUUUAUAUUUACCAAGGAUAUCUGUCAAAUUAUGUAUGGUUAAAUAUGAAUGGGUGAUAGGUGGUUUUUAAUAAAUGGCAAAGAAAAAUGCAAAGUCAAAUUAUAAAAUCAGGGUAAUUUUCACAAAAUCUGUAUUUUAUGUGUAGUCCUAAAGUGAGAUAGAAAUUGUGUACUGUAUGUGAUAAAAGUUUGAACUUUAAUGGUCAGGUAGCACAUAUUAAAUACCAAGGUAUGUUGGAAGAAUUAAAACUAUUCUCAUUGCUUUAAUUUUACACAAGAAAAAAAUUCUGUUAAUGUUACUUUUUAUCACUGUUUUCUAUUUUUUUCACUUGAAGUUGCAACUCUAUCAUGUACCAUCUUAUAGUAAGAAAAACAUAUAGCUAUAUAAAUGAAAAAAGGCUUUUGCUUGCUAUCUGCACAGAACACUUUGUUACCUGCUAAAGGGCCACUAAACCUGAACACGGGUUGUUUUGCAUUUGGAAGCUAGUAAUAACAUUCACAAAUGUGUUUAUGUAAAUAUUCUUUACCUUAGCAGAAUUUGUAAUGUAUCAUAUGGUGCAAACAUAUGCUGUGAAUUUUUUUUUUAUGUAAUGUCUGUUUAAGGCUGAACAGGUUAAAUGCAAAGUCUUUUGUUAAAAUGAUUUGACAGAAAGUUAACUAUGUCUUGAAAAACAAUUCUCCUUCAUUUUUUUUUUGUUCUAAUUUGUCCCAGUAAUUCAUAUAUUUACCCAUUAAUGUUACUAAUAGCUCUGUUAUGUAGGUCUACUUAGGUUUUAGGUUUACUGGCCCUUUAAAGUUUGUGAAUAGAAAUAUUGUGAUUGAUUUUUUUUCCUACGGAUUAUAUUCUGUAACAGUAUAAAUAUAUUCUUACAGCCAUAUACGCAAUAGCUUUUAUUCUUUAGUUUAAAUCUUUAAGCUGUUUACGUCAGUGCUAUGCAUGCAUGAAGAAAUGGACUGUUUUCUUUUUCUUGGUCUGUCACACCAUGAACAGACUUUUUGAAAUUGUAUUAUUCCACUUUUGUGAAUUAUCAAACCAACUUUAAAUGUUACUAAAUUGUGGAUGUACAUUGAUUAAUGCAGGUAUAUGACUAAGCAGUUAAUUUUCUACAAAUAGAAAAAAAAAAAAAAAAUGCGUUGAGCCAUGCCAAUUAAAUCCUGUGAAACAUGAUUUUUUUAUUUUUUCUGUAUAUCUUUAUUCUAAAAGUGAUCCAGUUGUUCGCAUCUAGUUAUUAUGUAAUGAUGUAAUGUCCUGAUUUGCUUUUUUAUUAAUUAAAUAUAGUAUGGAAUGCUGACAUAGUACUGUAGACCAAAUCUGUCUUCCACACAACCAUAUGACGUUAAAAAUAA